AUGAUAUCGGCUGAGGUGGCGCAACAGCAGAGUAAUGAUCUAUGGGAAUCCUGUGUCGUCAGCUUACAAAACACAGAUAUAAGAGAAGCCGGGCUGUUCCAGCAACACAUCUGCGAGUACAAUUACUCCUGGAGACAGGAGCUGGACGCAAGAAUGGAGCUGGUCAUGGGUCCUGUCCAGUCAGACGACACAUGGCACUCUUUCAUCAACGAAGAGUCCUUGAAAAUGAGCCUUUAUGGCCUAACCAUGAUCGACUUCCAAUUGGUUCUCGCGUGUAACACAAGGCCCGAAAUAUCCUCUCUCGAGCUUGUUUGGGAACUACCUUGGUCUACACAGGCCUGGGAAGCCAACACCGCCCAUGAAUGGUCGCAGCAAAUAAUCCAAGAGGCCGCCAGCUACCAGGCCAUGGAUAGUCCGGCAAACGAUCGAGGGCCCACCUUGAAAUCUCUUUUCCUUGUCACGCAGACAUUAAUGGCCGGUGGGCCUCCUGAGUCAGUUUUGAAGGCUUUGUCGUAUUCGCACUUUGCACUGCUCUGCGUCACGGUCAACAUAUAUCGCAUAGUUCGCGGCUUCACGCAUUAUCUCUAUCAACUUCCUCCAAAUCCGUCCAACCCGUCUCCAUUUCAUAUUUUGACGCACUCACAGAACAGUCAGAUAUCGACGGCAUUGAGCGUCAUACUCGGACUCAAAAGUGCCAGUUUGAAUGCCGCAAAUAAUGGAGAGACUGGGAAACGGCUGUGGAAUGCAGCACAGUUGAUAUGCUGGGUCGCCAAAAUCAGUCUCUGUGUCCCCGACGACUUUCUUAUAUGUGGUAUCGUGGACACCGACAUAACGGCCUCCUUUGCCACCGCAGCCCAUCUUUCUCUCGGUACUCAGAUUCUCGGGAGGAGGUCGAGGAACAGCGUCACAAUGCAGAGACCAUUCGGCGAGGAAGGAUUCUUGCUCAUAUUCGAGGAGUUGAUGAGCACUAUGGACAGCAUCUGGGGAAAGGAUGUAUCUUUGGCCAUGACAGAAGCGCCAUGGAUAAGUGUCAUAGGCUUCCGUGCCCUCUUGGAUCUUUACCGUGUCCUCCGGUUCGCCACAACAGACCUGAACGACCGGAACGCACAUGGCACUGGAAACUCUGUCGCAAGGGUUUUUGAUCCAGCAAGGGUGGUGUACAACACGGUGAACAAUGCUCUAACGCAGCACAUUAGAAACAAGCGAACAUCUCUGACAACACGCAACCUUGAACAACUUGGUAUGCUCGAGUUGACGGAAGACCCCAAACUCUGCGAGCGCAAGUUUAUGAUGCUCAUGGUUCAAAGUUGCAAUGAGAGAAACGUCUGGGCCGUGGUGCGGUCUAUGGGAAUCGUUUUGGAAGAAAUACAUACCAGUAGCCUAUAG